AUGACAAGCAGAAGAAAGCCAGAUUUUGGGGAUGGAGGCACACUUGCAGGUAUUAUAGAUAGGCAGGCAGGCAGCCGCCGCCGCCACUCACCGACGUCACAGGCCGCCGUGCACACAUGCACACGGCCUGCAGCUGAUUUCACAACACAAGACGCCCCUACCUACUCUGUCUCCCAAGCCUAUACAGCCACUGCUGGACCCGUCUCAUCACCAUUCCCGGCCAACAGGCGGCCGCCAACACCCCCACUCGCCGCCAUCAUGGUCUCUCACCCGCCCAAAUCCUCCCACUCGGCCUCCAACUCGCGCUCGUCCCAAGCCCAAGCCAGACCCUCGUCCUCGUCCUCUGCCUUCAACACACCAGGCCAUCUGAAGAAGUCGUCGGCGUCGGCGUUGGCGUUGGUGUCCGCCUCGUCAAACAACACCAAUGGCCAGCAGCCCCGCGAGCGAGAACAGCGGCCGAGCAGAGAGGGCGCAGCGCAGCGGGCUGCCCAAGAUGUCGCCGGCCUCAAGGACUUCCAGCUGGGCGACUGUCUGGGCAAAGGCGCCUUUGGCAGCGUCUACAGGGCGCUCAAUUGGGGCACUGGCGAGACGGUGGCCAUCAAGCAGGUCCGCCUGGAAAAUCUGGGUGCGGCCGACCUCAAGAACAUGGAGAUGGAAAUCGACCUGCUCAAGAACCUGAACCAUCCCAAUAUUGUCAAGUACAACGGCUUUGUCCGCAGCUCGGAGAGCCUCUACAUUAUCCUUGAGUAUUGCGAAAACGGCUCGUUGCACAGCAUCUGCAAAAACUUUGGCAAGUUUCCGGAAAACCUCGUCGCGCUCUACAUGUCCCAGGUCCUCCAUGGACUUCUCUACCUCCACGAGCAGGGUGUCAUACACAGGGAUAUCAAGGGUGCCAACAUUUUGACAACCAAGGAGGGCCUGGUCAAGUUGGCCGACUUUGGUGUGGCGACCAAGCAGUCGGGUCUCGACCAAUCAAGCGUUGUAGGCACGCCGUAUUGGAUGGCUCCAGAGGUCAUUGAGCUCUCUGGUGCCACUACGUCGUCAGACAUAUGGAGUUUGGGCUGUACAGUCAUCGAGUUGAUUGAGGGGAAGCCACCAUACCACAAGCUGCAGCCCAUGCAGGCUCUCUUCCGAAUCGUCAACGAUGAGCACCCGCCAAUACCUGGUAGUGCCUCUCCGUUGCUGCGCGAAUUUCUCAUGGAGUGCUUCCAAAAGAACCCCACCCUCCGCAUAUCCGCCAAACGGCUGCUGAAACACCCAUGGAUCCUCAGUGCCAAGCGCACCGUACCCGCAGUACCCACCAAGCCUACCGAAUACCAGGAAGCUGUCAAGUCGGUACAAGAAUGGAACGAGGCUCUCAAAUCCCCCAGCUCACUGCGCCGGAGCUCGAGAACGACACCGGGCGGAGCCAAGGCCUCUCCCGCGCCUGCAAAUGGCACGCCAGUUGUGAACCGCAAAGCACAGGUGAAUGUAAACCUCAAGAUGUCCAAGCAUAGACCCACAGCCGAGUCCUUUCGCUCUCCGGAGCUAGACCACGACGACAACUGGGAUGACGACUUUGCCGAAAGCAUAUCGCCGCGAGCCCUCCAGAUGCCCCAUCUGAAACCCCAAGAUAACUUUGGUGGACUCUUCUCGGGCGAUAGGCUCAAGGCCUUCGCUAGCUUCGAGGCCGUCACGGAGCUGGGGGAUUACGGUGACGACGGUGAAGCCACGGUGAAAAGCCCACUGAACGCGCAUCAAUACUCAAGCUUCCCCAAGGUCUCUGGACAAAAAGCUGCAGAACGAGCCAGAGGCGCCAAUGGCAAAUCAAUGAUAUCUACUCCUCAAUCGAGAUCGACAUCAACUGAGGAUCGACAUGACGGCCAACCCAAGACAGCCAUCCUACGUAGUGCACCCAAGCCUACACAGCUUCCACGGACAAAGACAUCAGCAUUAUCCCGUAGCCAACUAUUCCGCGAAGACUCGGUUGAGGACUACUCAGAUUUGCUGCCCGCCGAUGAAGGCGCAUUUGCGAAGAAGCUAGCAGCAAUGCAAUACGCACAGCCACCCACAAUGCUGCCAAAGCACAUCUUGAUGCCAAAUUCAAGCUCGCCUGUAGAAUCUUUUUCCCCUCGCCUGUUUCACCCAAGCGAUCUCAAGGCUGGCCCCAAAUCCACGUGGGAUCCAAAGUCCAGUGAACAUGCUCGGCAACGAUCAUCAAGUGGGACUUCUACUCGCAGAUUGCAACGGACACAGUCAGAAAUUGAGAUACAAAAAUAUGCAGAAGAUGAAGGUGAUGACUUCUCAGAUGUGUUUGGCGACAUCAAGGGCCAUCCGAAAACUAAUACGAGUCAUGCCGAGAGCGACAGUGGAAGCGAGUACAGUGGCCAUGCUAUGAUUACGUCCAAGAUGGCGAAUUCCUUCAACAUUACAGAUGACGAAGAUCUGGAUCCAUUUGCCAACCUGGAUGAAAGCUUGGAUAAUCUAAAUUUGGAGAACAAUGUUGCUCGGGACCGCGAUGACAGAUUAACGAAAAUGACGGAGAGCUUGGUCGGCUGUCUGAAGACAAGUCAGCCGGAUGAUGAACUGCUCGAUAUCGCAGAUCAACUUCUGCAAGUCCUCGGCGAGUCUCCUGAUAAGCGAUCCAUUAUACUUCGCAGCCAUGGCAUGCUACCUAUACUGGAGAUUCUGGGCACGGUGCCACACAACGAAGUCGUUUUGCCCCUCUUGAAAAUCAUCAACUUGAUCAUCUUGGAAGAUGCAGAAGCGCAGGAGAGCUUGUCUUUUCUCGGUGGUAUUCCCACCAUUUGCCACUUUGCCUACAAAAAGUAUCCCAGCGAGAUCCGCAAAGAAGCCGCUGCGUUUGUGCGACAAAUGUAUCAAACGAGCACCUUGACUCUGCAGAUGUUCAUUGGUUGCGGCGGUAUCAACGUCCUGGUCGAAUUUCUGGAAGAGGACAUUGACGCGGAACGCGAUCUUGUGCUCAUUGGUGUCAAUGGCGUCUAUGGCGUCUUUGAAUUGCAAGGGCCCACGCCCAAGAACGACUUUUGCCGCAUCUUCUCGAGAAGCAGUGUCUUGUAUCCUCUGUCGCUGGUUUUGAACAGAAUGGUGGAAGAGGAUGGCGAGGUGGCACGACUGAUAGUGGGGAGGAUCGUACAUAUUUUCUUAAUCUUUUCGCAGGCGGAAAGCCAUGUGAAGGAUCUUGUGGCGGACCGUAUGAUUCUCAAACGCGUCCUCAAGGACCUUCGCAAGAUGGCGCCGCCCCAUCAAAUCACUAUGCUCAAGUUCAUCAAGAACCUCAGCUCUCUCUCUUCAACACACGAAGCAUUGCAGAACUCCAACGCCAUUGACAUCCUAAUUGAACUGCUCAAAUCAACGCGACACAAGGACGCCUUUACGCGCAGUCAGCAUCGGUCUGCAUCUGACCCGACCAGGUUACCGCCAUUUCACCGCGAGAUCUCUAAUCAGAUCCUCAACACCAUGUACAACCUGUGUCGUCAUAAUAAGAGUCGACAGGAAGAGGCUGCGUUGUCGGACAUUAUUCCUCUACUGAAGGAUGUUGUACGUGAAGGUGGUCCACUAAAGGAGUUUGCGCUGCCUGUAUUGCUGGAGAUGGUCAACUCUGGAAAGGUGGCGCGCAAGAUGUUGUGGGAUGCAAAAGGUCUUGCGUUCUACGUAUCUCUUCUGGGCGAUCGUAAUUGGGCGGUCACGGCUUUGGAUGCAAUAUUCGUAUGGCUCCAAGAAGAGACCGCGCGUGUAGAGCAAUACCUCCUCUCUUCCCAGUCUUCCUUCACCCCUGCCAUAAUUUCCGCCUACACAUCCGUGGACCUCGCCCAUUCGACCUUUGAAAAUAUGCUCGAGCCCCUCCAGAAGCUCGUCCGCCUGUCACCAUCCAUUGCCGCCUCCCUGGCCUCUCCCGAAAUCUUUAGCCGCACCGAGCAAAAGCUCGGCCACAAGGACGCAGUCACCCGUCUCAACCUACUCCGUAUCCUUCGCACAAUCUGCGACGCCAAAGACGAAGGAUGUUGGCUCAUUCGCGCUUUCGGCUGCUACGAGCGCAUUGCUUGGCUCGUAGACCAUGAUUCCGCAGUCUUGGUCCGGCAAAUGGCCGAGGAGCUUGUGCGUGCAUGCGAUGAGGUUGAAGUAUCUGGUGGUGUUCCAAAGAACCUCACCGGAAAACGCAGCCUCUCCCGCGCCUCUGGUAUCGGGCUGAACCUCCGCCGCCCCGCCUCCUCAUCCGGCCGCCGCGAUGGUUCGGGUUCCAGCAGCGGCAGUACAUUGGUGGGUAGUGGCAUGGGACUCACGCCUCCGACGCCGACAUCCAUCAAGAGCGGCUUCAUGCUUCCCCCCCUAAACGCGACACCAACAACCCGUGAGCGCAUAACGCGCUCCCAGUCCUCAGCCGCCAUGUGGGAUCUCGCCGAAGACCCAAACGCAACCCCCAGCUCGGCCAGUUCAAACCGCAACAAACCACCGAUCCUCGCCCGUAGCUCGACCUCCUUUGCCGCCCUCCAGACCACCACCCCAACCGUGAACCGCACCCAGCAGCAACGCCCCAGUAGUUCGCGCCCCGCCAGCCGCGACGCCGUAACCAGUCUCGCCCGCAUCGAAGCCAACAACCAAAAGAGCGGGAGUAGACUUCCCAAGGCGCGUCAAGGCCGCCUCACUGACGCCGUCAACCGACGUCGCCAAAGUAAUGUGAAUAUCGCCGAGAACCAAACGCCAAAUAGUACCUCGUCGUCCUCUGCCGCCGCCGCCAACAUGGCUACCAGUAGUACCGGUAGCCCGGCUAGUGCGCCCUUGCCCCGGCUGCAGAUUGUGAGGCGCAGGCGCGAGACUAGUGGUGGGGAGAUGAGCUCGUCUGCUGCUCGUAGGGGCGCUGCUGCUGCUGCUGCUGCUUCUGCCUCUGCUACCACGGCUGGGUCAGGUGCCGCGGGCGCGCUGGAUUAG